UCCUGUGUUGAAAAAGAAGAUGGCAGCUCUGUAUGCAGGCCUGUAUCUGCGACUGAAGGCCCGAGAUGGUUCCAUACGUGACAAGGUGAAGCUGACCCUGUUUGCCUGGAAAUCUGAGCGAGCAUUCAUCCCUAACAAGGAGCAAGUGUUAAUAGAUUUUUUAUGUGGAUUACUGGUCAACAAGAAAAAGAACAAAGUAUCUGAUGAAGACAGUGUGUUGGUUUUGAAAUGCUUAUAUGACAUUUUACACACAAAGAAGGCACAUCAGCCCAGUAAAUAUGGAAAGACAAUCAUCAUCAAGCCGUCGAUAUGCCAGGUGCUGAUUAGCUCCCUGACCGACCCUAAGGUGAACUCGGACUCGGAUGUUCUAAAGCUUGUGAUUGGCUGUAGCUACGCCAUAAUACACUCACAAUGCCUGUCCUAUGUUUUCACCACUAAGUAUGAACAUAUGGCUGGGUUGUUAUCAGCCCUGGUUCAAGUCACAGUCAGACGCGUCACCACUGGUCGCGAGCUUUCCACAGAGCUGAUAGACCUACUGAAGAAAGUCAUCAACAUCUAUAAGGGCUCACAGAGGGCUCAUCCUAACCAGAAACAGGUACUACAGGCCGUGACUUCCAAACUGCUCGUCCCGGCUGUCAUGUUGUGGGGUUCUACUCGCUCAGACACGACCGAGGUAGAGCAGAUAGGCAAGGAACUAAUUAACAUCAUACAAAACGGCAUCUUCGACAAGGACCACCAAGUUAGCUUCAAUAUGUACCUAAGUAUUGUCUGUGGAGAAGGCGAGUCCAUGUCAUUCUUUCUGAGAUCCAUAGAAAACCUCUUCACCACAAUAUCCAGCAUACUCAAUGGCAAGAAUUCCCUAAGACUGACAUCGGACAAGGAUAUGAAGUUGUUCACUCUGGAUUAUCUCCCUUACUUCUUCAAUGGCUUUAUUCACCACAAAUGUAACUCGGAUAAUAUCACAGCCCACCGUCUCUUCCUGUAUAUCUGCUCUCUGAUUGGUAUAAAGCUAGACGACAGCGACCCCUGUGAACAGGCAUUGGAACCCUCACUACUAAAAGUGAUAACUGGCCUACUCAGGAUGGUCCAUGAGGCAGAUAUCUAUCAUGUUGCCAAUGACAACGCAGCUGGUGGACAACAACUACAGGCCUACAAGACUGUACUGGACAUCAUACUGAGGAGUAGCAGAUGUCCAGAGGUGUUUGAGUGUUUCCAACAGCUGCUUUAUCUGAACCACAUGAUCUUAGAACCAAGGAUCACAGAGGUUUUCAGUUUGUGUCUACUGAAUCAGUCACAGCAAUGUGAUGCGUCUGACAAGCUUCUUAAAGACCUCAUAUCCACCUAUGGCAAGCUACGCCAGGUCCCUAAAUGGAUAGAGAAGCUGUUGGUCACUGUGGAACAGGCAAAUCUGACAGCUUGGUCAGGCUUUCCAACCAUCUUCUCUCAAAGGUUUGGAGAGGUUGUGCAGUCACUUCCCCAGGGAGCCACGGUCGACAUCUGGGAGAGCCUUCUCAAGGUCAUCUCCAACAAGUACCUACCACAGCUGGCUUCAGACUCAGGAGCGAGGGAAGGCCAGCUGGUGUGUAUCGCUGACCUGUUACAGAUGUAUCUGAAGAAUGUAAGGAUAGCCGACUACUCCAUCACAGAUUUGACCUCAGCCAAGGUCAACCAACUGAUGAAAACCAUGGCGACUGAUGUUCUGGUUCCUUCACUGGACCUGUGUUUAGAGAAGAAAAAUUCCUCUGCCUUGCCCCUGGGGACCCUCCUCCUGUGUGGUGUGUGGGGAGAACUUGAGAUGAUGCUGGGACAGUACACACAGCACCAGGCAGCCUUCCAACAGGUCAGCCUCGCCGAUCAUCAGGUGGAUUCAGUCAGUCCGGUCAUCCUCCACACUUACUGGUCAGCUGGAAAGUGGACCAAGCUUCAGAAGUCCAUUAACAAAUCAAAACACAUGGAUGUAAAUUACUGCUGGGACCUGCUGAUUCAUCAGGUACUGAGGGUCACCCUACUGUCUGUGACUCUGUCCUCCCCCGAUCUGUCUCCUCUGCUGAACAAAGUACUGGAUAGUCUCUUCACAGUGUCAGUAGAAAACAAUUCAGGACAGUCCUGGGAUGGAACAGUCUUCAGUGUGAAUGAACAGAACUACAGUACAGCUAAAUGGAGUCUGCUGGAGACGUCUUUGCCCUUAAUAACAAAGUGUCUGGCAGACAGACAUGUGAAGACCAUCGCUGAUUUUAUAGUCCAGCUGUAUCUGACCGACAGUGUACCAAGUGAAAGAAUCUGCAUGAAGUCGACUGGUGACAGAGUCAUGGAGGGCCAUGUGUUGAGUCAGAAUCGUGAAAUCCAGUCAUCCAUCCUGACCACCAUAUGGAAAUCUAUCAGCGUAGCAUUACAACCUGAUGUCAAGGUUGGUAAGAAGAGGAAAGGUAAUCUGUUGGUGGUACACCAGUUAUUGGGAGAUCUAGGGGACUCAGAUCAGGUGUGGACACAGGAAAUGGACAGCACUAAGCUGGAGUUCCUACAGGACAUCACGACAAGGGUGGGUGCCCUCCUGACUAGUGACAGCGGCCUUGUUGUGUCGCCGUCAGUGGUGUGUGCUGUGGGGAGGAUGCUACAGCUUUUGUCUCUGUUGCCAAUUGAAUCACUGAAUGCUUCAGACCAGCACAGAUGUAUUUUGGGACUAACUGUCAUUCUGCACACAUUACGUGGAGCCGUCGGCACUGAUGAUACCUAUGUCAUAGAAAAAUGUUACGGACUGAUGGCGGUAACCAUGGAAGCAGGACACACACCUCUGUUUCAGAUGCUGGACCUGGUCAUCUAUAUGGACUGGUUGGAUGGACUGUAUACCCAGAGUCAGGUCUACACAUCCCUGGAGAUGAAGAUGAGACUUUUACUGGAGGUUUCAUGUAAGACUGUGGUUAUGGAUUACAGGGUUCUCCCCAAACUUACCGCCUAUAGCAACAAGAUGGAAGAAAAAAUAGCAGACUUCCAGAAAAAGAAAAUUGUCGACACUACAAGUAUGGAUGGCUGUAUGAUCAUGGCAUCAUGUUGUCUCAGCCAUUUAGAAAAAUUGCUGAGCAAGUCCUUCUUGCCUCCGAGUGUGAGAGAGAUCUGCGAGACCUGUCUGUUGCAUCUCAUCAGGGUCACCAUAAAGUUUGUGACCUCUGCAAAAGCUGACCCCUCACAGCUGCCAUUGGCUGCUGUCAGUUGCUAUGCAACAACCUUGAAAUGCUGUUCUUUUGGGGAGGAGGCAACAGACGUUGAGCGGACAGUUCAGGACAGUUUUGGCAUCAUGUUGAAAUGGUCGAUGGAAGUUCUACAGCAGGAGGAUGCGAGCCCAGAAAGCCAGUCAGAGGCCCUGAACCUGUUGUCUGUGAUCUGCUGUAGUCACGGAAAACAGACAGAGCUGUUCACAUCAGAUCACAAGGCUCAGGUCUGGCACAUACUCAUGUCUCUGUUCAAAAGGGUACUGGCUUCACAGAAAACAACAGUCGCCAUGGAAACUAAACCUGCUGAGGCAUCCUUACCUGACUGGAGAGUUCACAAGAGGAUACUUUUGUACAACGGUCAGUUGACUGAGCACCACUGGACACCGGUCAUCCUGACCCAGCUCCAGGAGACGGUGGCUGCUCUAGUACCCUCCUGUGAAACUGACCAGUUCCAGACUAUGAUAAACAGCCUCCUCAACCAGACGGGUAUACAGUUUGUAGGGGCUGGCACACAGCAGUUGACCUCCACCCUGUACAUCUGGCAGCAGCUACUUAACUUUGACCUUUCACCUGACCAGAGUAAGGUCUUAGUUCAUGCAGUGAAAAAUCUGAUGUUGAACUGUGUGUCACUGAUGCAGCACAUACACGGCUCAGGCGACGAGAGGUUGGUCAGUUCUGUGGCUGUCCCUCUACUGACCACACAAGUCAAAAUGCUGGAGUUCGGGUCUAAACUGAUGUCCUCUCACACAGCCUCCCUGGCUCUCCACUGUUGUCAGUUCACUCCUCUAGAUGGCAGCACCAGUUUUGUCCCAGCAUUCCAUGCUGUGUAUAAAGUUCUGAACGCCCUGCUGGUUCACAACACGAACACCGUUUACGGAGUUAUCCCCUCCUUCCUCAGCUGUACCAAACGCCUGCUGAAAGUUAUAGUGAAUCGUAGUGACCAGGAGAAGAUCGGUCAGGACCAGGAUGUGUUAGCCAAGCUGAUAGACUGCGCUCUUCUUUUUGAUAGGCUCUGUCAGCUGAUCAGCACACACAAGCGAGAUUUUAACAAAGUGGCGGGUUACCUGGUGUCAGACUAUGUAUGUGAAGUACAGAAAGUCACUCUCCACCCUGAUAUCAAGAAGACCCUGGUCCCUGCGGUGUACAAAUUACUGGACCUGUGCGACAGGUUCAGUAUUUCUCAACUCCAUACAGUUCUACAAACAGGUGUCAAAGAAGUGUUCAAAGUUCUAUAUGACGACUAUACAAAGUACUUCAAGUACAAUGACAAUUCCUGAGACAAAGGGAGAUAAUCCACAAGAUCUUCUGCACAGUACAUAAGUACUGCUGUAAUAUCUGAGGCGAGGAGCUAACUCACUUGGGCCUUGAUAUUAAACCCAAUGGAACAUCUUUUAGGCCUUGAUAUUGAACCCAAUGGAACAUCUGUUAGGCCUUGAUAUUGAACCCAAUGGAACAUCUUUAAGGCCUUGAUAUUGAAUCCAAUGGAACAUCUUUAAGGCCUUCAUAUUGAACCCAAUGGAACAUCUUUUAGGCCUUGAUAUUAAACCCAAUGGAACAUCUUUUAGGCCUUGAUAUUAAACCCAAUGGACAUCACUUGGGCUUUAAUAUUGAACCCAAGGGACAUUGCAUUUCUGAAGGGAUCCAUUUCAAGUCCCGACACAUGGAAAGCCAUCCUGUGGUGAUUUCCGAUACAGGAUGUCGUUUAAGUCCCAUUCAGGAUAGGAUACAAUCCACCAUGUCUUCGGGAACAGAGACAGCCAACAUGGAAUUUACCAAACAUGUGAAGCCAGAAAAAUCAGAAAUAAGAUGUCGAAGUUCAAGUGCUAUUGUUUUUGGCGCUUUGAAAGACACGAUAAGGAGAGAUAAGUACCUGUAGCAUGUUGGAAACCUGGGCAAGGUGAUGGGACUGAUGUGACGGAAUAGUGACAGGUGGGAUAAAGGACAUUACAUUAGUGUUCACUUCCACCCCAGACUGAAGGAAAUCUGUGAUAUAUGUUAAAUGUCAUGAAACUGGUUACAUCCUUACAUUUCAGCUGCUGAUGGAA